GGAGAUCCGGACGGAGGCCGAGGCCGGGGCUGUGUGCCGGGCGCCUGGGAAAGGUGUGCAGCUUCCGUUUGGAGCCCUGGGACCCCGCUGCCCUUCGGGGCCGCCAGCCUCCGGCUCCUCUCCGGCACCAGCAGCUACACGGCGACCCCCGUCCGGCCGCCUCCCCUUCGCUCCGCGUCGCCCGCAGCCUUCCGUCUGCCCGCAAACGAGCCCGGCCGGCCGGGCCGUGGCCCUCCUCAGUGCCGGCCGCCAUGGCAGGGGUGCUUGGCGCGGGGGAAAUCUAGUCCGAGGAUUUCAUGCGGCCUAGCUCGGUUCUCUCUCCUGCGCCCGCGGUCCCAGCAGCUGCCGGCAACCUAGCCCCACUUCGGGCCUCCGUGUCUCUCCUGUGAUCCUACUGACACGGCCGGGGGGUUAGAAUGGAACAAACUGAAGGUAUCCGGUCAGUGAAGAAGGCUACUGUAUUUAUCAGACACCUGAAAUUCAAGUCUGCCUUGAUUACUGCUGUGCUCAUCGUCAGCCUGCUUGGCUCGAUGAGAGAAAGGGAAAGUUAAGGAUGCUGGAGCAGAACAAUGGAUUUCUCUUUCUCUUUCAUGCAAGGGAUCAUGGGAAACACAAUUCAGCAACCACCUCAACUCAUUGACUCCGCCAACAUCCGCCAGGAGGAUGCCUUUGAUAACAACAGUGACAUUGUUGAAGAUGGUGGCCAGACGCCCUUUGAAGCUACUUUGCAACAAGGUUUUCAAUAUCCACCUACAACAGAAGACCUUCCUCCACUCACAAAUGGCUACCCACCCUCAAUCAGCUUGUAUGAAACUCAAACCAAAUACCCACCAUAUAGUCAGUAUCCCAAUGGGUCAGCCAAUGGUUUUGGUGCAGUUAGAAACUUUAGCCCCACUGACUUUUACCACUCAGAAAUUCCAAACACAAGACCGCAUGACAUUCUGGAAAAACCUUCUCCUCCACAACCUCCUCCUCCUCCACCUCCUUCGGUUCCACAGACUGUGAUUCCAAAGAAGACAGGCUCACCUGAGAUUAAACUAAAAAUAACCAAAACUAUCCAGAAUGGCAGGGAAUUGUUUGAGUCCUCCCUCUGUGGAGACCUUCUAAAUGAAGUACAGGCGAGUGAGCACACAAGGUCAAAGCACGAAGGCAGAAAGGAAAAGAGGAAAAAAAGCAACAAGCACGAAUCGUCCAGGUCCGAAGAGCGCAAGUCACACAAAAUCCCCAAGUUAGAACCAGAGGGACAAAAUAGACCAAAUGAGAGGGUGGACACUGCACCAGAAAAGCCAAGAGAAGAGCCAGUACUCAAAGAUGCCGUCCCGGUUCAGCCAGUACUGUCUUCUGUUCCAACAACAGAAACGUCCACUGGUGUUAAGUUCCAGGUCGGUGAUCUUGUUUGGUCCAAGGUGGGAACCUAUCCUUGGUGGCCUUGUAUGGUUUCAAGUGAUCCCCAGCUUGAAGUCCAUACCAAAAUUAACACAAGAGGUGCCCGGGAAUAUCAUGUCCAGUUUUUUAGCAACCAGCCAGAGAGGGCGUGGGUUCAUGAGAAGCGGGUGCGGGAGUAUAAAGGCCAUGACCAGUAUGAAGAGUUACUAGCAGAGGCAGCCAAGCAGGCCAGCAACCACUCGGAGAAACAAAAGAUUCGGAAACCCCGGCCUCAGAGAGAACGUGCCCAGUGGGAUAUAGGCAUUGCUCAUGCAGAGAAAGCAUUAACAAUGACUCGAGAAGAAAGAGUGGAACAGUACACUUUCAUCUAUAUCGAUAAGCAGCCAGAAGAGGCUUCAUCCCAAGCAAAGAAGAAUGUUACCUCCAAGACCGAAGUCAAGAAACCCCGAAGACCAAGAUCUAUGUUGAAUAGUCAGCCAGAACAGACCAAUGCAGGGGAGGUGGCCUCCUCACAAUCAAGUACUGACCUUCGAAGACAGAGCCAGAGGCGACACACGAGCUUGGAAGAGGAAGAGCCACCUCCUGUUAAAAUAGCCUGGAAAACAGCAGCCGCAAGGAAAUCCUUACCAGCUUCCAUCACAAUGCACAAAGGGAGCCUAGAUCUGCAGAAGUGCAAUAUGUCUCCAGUUGUGAAAAUUGAACAAGUGUUUGCUCUCCAGAAUGCAACAGGAGACGGGAAGUUUAUUGAUCAGUUUGUUUAUUCAACGAAGGGAAUUGGUAACAAAACAGAAAUAAGUGUCAGGGGGCAAGACAGGCUUAUAAUCUCUUCACCAAGUCAGAGAAAUGAGAAGCCAACUCAGAAUGCAUCAUCUCCUGAGGCGACAUCUGGUUCUGCAGGCCCAGUAGAAAAGAAGCAGCAGAGAAGAUCAAUCAGGACUCGAUCUGAAUCAGAGAAAUCCAUCGAGGUUGUGCCAAAGAAGAAGAUCAAAAAGGAGCAGGUUGAAACAGCUCCUCAGGCUGCCCUGAAGACUGCGUUACAGAAAGGUGCCAGCGAGAUUUCAGAUUCCUGUAAGCCUCUAAAGAAAAGGAGUCGCGCCUCAACUGAUGCAGAAACAACUAAUUCCGCAUACAGAGACACAUCUGACUCCGAUUCCAGGGGACUGAGUGAUCUGCAGGUAGGCUUUGGAAGACAAGCAGAUAGCCCCUCAACUGCUGCUGAUGCAGAUGCUUCUGAUGCUCAGUCAGUGGACUCAAGUUUGUCACGGAGAGGCACUGGAAUGAGUAAGAAGGACACUGUGUGUCAGAUCUGUGAAAAUGCUGGUGACUCGCUGGUUUCCUGUGAGGGGGAGUGCUGCAGACACUUUCACUUGGAGUGCCUGGGGCUAACUGCAGUUCCCGAGGGCAGGUUCAUCUGUGAGGAGUGUGAGACAGGGCAGCACCCAUGUUUUUCAUGUAAAAUGUCUGGUAAGGAUGUGAAGCGUUGCUCUGUAAAUGUGUGUGGAAAGUUUUAUCAUGAAGCCUGUGUCCGAAAAUUCCCCACUGCCAUCUUUGAGUCAAAAGGAUUCCGCUGUCCCCAGCAUUGUUGCUUUUCCUGCUCUCUGGAGAAAGACAUCCACAAAGCGAGCAAAGGCCGGAUGAUGAGGUGCUUGAGAUGUCCAGUCGCCUAUCACUUUGGAGAUGCAUGUGUUGCUGCUGGAAGCGUAUCUGUGUCUUCCCACAUUCUCAUCUGUAGUAACCAUUCCAAACGGAGUAGCCAUUCUGCUGCUGUAAACGUAGGCUUUUGUUUCGUUUGUGCCAGAGGGCUGAUAGUUCAGGACCAUUCAGACCCCAUGUUCAGUUCAUAUGCCUAUAAAUCCCACUACCUACUGAAUGAAUCAAACCGUGCUGAGUUGAUGAAAUUACCUAUGAUUCCUUCUUCGUCAGCUUCCAAAACGAAAUGUGAGAAAGGUGGGACACUGCUCUGCUGUGAAUCGUGCCCUGCUUCCUUCCACCCGGAAUGCCUGAACAUAGCCAUGCCAGAAGGCUGCUGGACCUGCAACGACUGCAAAGCUGGCAAGACACUGCAUUACAAACAGAUUGUUUGGGUCAAGUUGGGAAAUUACAGAUGGUGGCCUGCAGAGAUCUGCAGUCCCAGGUCUGUGCCGCUGAACAUCCAGAGCCUUAAGCAUGACUUGGGGGACUUCCCUGUGUUCUUCUUUGGUUCUCAUGACUACUAUUGGGUACACCAAGGCAGAGUGUUCCCUUAUGUUGAAGGUGAUAAACACUUUGCUGAGGGACAGACUAGCAUUAACAAGACCUUCAAAAAAGCACUGGAAGAAGCUGCAAAACGUUUCCAGGAGUUGAAAGCCCAGCGGGAGAGUAAGGAGGCUUUGGAGAUGGAGAAAACAUCAAGAAAACCCCCUCCUUACAAACACAUCAAGGUUAACAAAGUGAUAGGAAAGGUGCAGAUCCAGGUGGCUGACCUGUCAGAGAUUCCCCGAUGUAACUGCAAGCCUGGGGAUGAAAACCCGUGUGGCCUGGAGUCGCAGUGUCUGAACCGAAUGUCGCAGUAUGAGUGUCACCCGCAGGUGUGUCCUGCUGGGCAUCGCUGUCAGAACCAGUGUUUUACAAAGAGGAUCUACCCCGACGCGGAGGUCAUCAAAACUGAGCGGAGAGGCUGGGGCCUCAGAACCAAAAGAAGCAUUAAGAAGGGUGAAUUUGUAAAUGAAUACGUCGGUGAAUUGAUUGAUGAAGAAGAGUGCAGACUUCGAAUCAAGCGAGCCCAUGAGAACAGUGUGACUAAUUUUUAUAUGUUAACUGUCACCAAGGACCGUAUAAUUGAUGCUGGACCAAAAGGAAAUUAUUCUCGUUUCAUGAACCACAGUUGUAAUCCAAACUGUGAGACACAAAAGUGGACAGUCAAUGGAGAUGUUCGAGUUGGACUGUUUGCUCUCUGUGACAUCCCUGCAGGCAUGGAGUUAACAUUUAAUUAUAACUUGGAUUGUCUGGGCAAUGGCAGGACAGUGUGCCACUGUGGAGCAGAUAACUGCAGUGGCUUUCUAGGAGUACGGCCAAAGUCUGCAUGUGCGUCAGCAGUUGAUGAGAAGACAAAAAAUGCCAAGAUAAAGAAGAGACGGAAAAUCAAAACAGAAUCAAAGCAAAUUCACGAGGAUUACUGUUUUCAAUGUGGGAAUGGUGGAGAGUUGGUCGUGUGUGAUAAAAAAGAGUGUCCGAAAGCAUACCACCUCCUCUGCCUUAACCUGACUCAGCCACCAUACGGAAAGUGGGAGUGCCCGUGGCAUCAGUGUGACAAGUGUAACAAGGCAGCCGUGUCCUUCUGUGAAUUCUGCCCACACUCCUUCUGUAAGGACCAUGAGAAGGGGGCUCUGGUGGCCUCUGCACUAGAAGGUCGUCUCUGCUGCGCUGACCACGACCCUGCAUCUCCUGUGCCACCAGAGUACUGGAGCAAGAUCAAAUACAAAUGGGAAUCACAAGACCGAGGAGAAGAUGCUAAGGAGUGAUGGUGGUGCUUUCCUCCC